AUGUCUUUCUUUGACGAUAGCUUCUAUGACAUGCAACAGUCCUCCGAGACUGGCUGCUUUCCUGGAGUUACCGAUCAGGAGUCCAAGUCUCUAUUGUCAGUGGACGUGAACUGGGCUAGUAUUCCUGGUUCGACUGGGGCUAACGAGGACAAUCUGGAGACUCCUCGUCAGGAGAAUUUUCCCCAGUCGCUCCUGUCCCGGCAGUUGAGCCCUGUUGUUAUGCAAUCCACUCUCUUGUCUGGUGAACGGCCCAGAACUCCCAGCCAGCACAGUAGUCAGACAGGGUCUGAGGAGGUCUCUAUCAGCCCCUCAGAUCUGACUGCUGACCCCGACUUGAGCUUUGAGUCUCAGUUAAUUUCUGGGCCCUUUGUCACUGAGAGCAAGAGUGGCAGCUCCAGUAGCAGUUCUAGCUCCGAAUUGAGCGACUAUUUUCAUCAUGCUCAGGAAUAUCGCAACCCUAAUCUGGCCUACAAAAAAUCUCUUCAUAAGAGCUCUAAGUGCACUGAUCCCGUUAAGCAAGAAAAAUAUGUCUUUAAUUUCGAGGAGGGUGCUCAGAGCAGUAAUAAAUUUGCAGCUCCCGUCCCUGGACUCCCUGAGAGCCCUGAAGAGAAGCCACUGACUCUCACGACCACUCCUGAUGCUUUGUUCCCAUCCAUCGAGGCCCUAAUGGAUCCAAUUAAGCAUGGAGUCGACAUGGGCACUCUUUUCUCAUCCCUCGAGGAGGCAUCUGCUGCCGCUAUCAAGACUAACAAUGUUCCGCCAGACCCCACCCUUCCCUGUACAUUGCAGCAAAAGAAAGCGAUUGUGAAGGCUCUUUUCAAUGCUAUUAACAGUAUCGAUCAUGCCGAGGAUAACCCGGGAAUGAUCAGACCAUUCGCAGAAAAAAAAUACGAACCGGUUAGAAUUGAGAAUGCCUGCUGGCAAAUUUUGGAGGCCUGCAUGUCUCGUCAGACAACUGGUCCUCUGUUAAAGCUUUGCAACGCCAAGGCCAAGCAGACUGGCGAAACGAUGAAUUUCGCGGACAGACUCGCCAUAAUCUUAGAAUGCCUUAUAACACAAAAGACAAUCUGCAAGCAUCUGCUUGACCCAAUCUAUCUAUACAAUUUUGUCGACGACCCAGCCGGAGCUCGCAAGCGUGUCAUUGCCAACAAAACGCUGAACAAGCGCAAGGGCGAGGUGAUGAACGCUGGCAAACAAGUUCUUGCCGGUGGUGUCAAAAACAGGAAUACUACAGUCGAAAGCGAACAGCUUGAGGAUCCAUUCAGCAAUAGUGCUCCGCCAUCCGGUGCUCCAGGAAGCAGAAAUAACCGUGAUGCUGAUCAUAAAGUCACCCCGAGCACCUUUAACCAGCAUGCUAUGAAGGCAUUGCGCCUCGGAAGCAGUCCUUUGCGCUCUCCGCCCAAUAAACAGUCGAUCCGCUCCCAGUCUCAAGAAGGUACUUUGAGACAGACCUUCUUCAAUGCUAGCCACAAUCCGGACCACGAGAGCGGCGGUACGAACUCGUACAGCUCGUCUCCCGCGCUCGGAUAUAAUCAUAUGGCUUUCAUGCCUCAUCUUCUUGCCAGACAGUAUACUAAUCGCAUGGACAAUGGGAACGUCACCGGAACGUCAGCACCAGUUAUCCAUCACCAGCUGGGUUCUUCUUUUAUGGCCCGGUCGCAUGUUCGCACGGGUUCCCUCGCUUCUGUAACAUCUUCUGCAUCGAGAUCAACCACCCCUGGUUCUCUUUAUGACCCUCGCCUUCAGGGAGGAAUGAAUAUCAUGCUUCAUCCACAGACCCCGACAAAAAGUCCUAGGGCUGUAGCUUCACGGAGUUCUAAUUCUCAUCGCAAGCGCUCUAGCGCCGAAGUCGAGUCGAUGGAGUAUUCCCCUGAGAAGAGACUCCAACAUUAG